AAGUAAAGUCGACGUGGCAUAAGUUCAGGUCUGUUACUCUCUCCUAUGAAAUCGUACUUUCGUAGGUAUAUUUAGCUAUUUUGUCUUCAAAAUGGACCAACUGAUAUUCGUAUGGAGUCUCUUGAUGGUUCUUGUGCACAUUGGUCCCACUGAAGGUUAUUUUAUGGCCAUCGAUGCUCACGCGGACGAAUGUUUCCACGAUAAAGUAACGUCUGGAACCAAGAUGGGUCUUACAUUCGAGGUGGCGGAAGGUGGCUUUCUCGAUAUAGAUGUAAAGAUUACUGGUCCAGAUGGUAAAGUAAUUUACAGUGGAGAGAGGGAAUCGAAUGGUAAAUACACCUUUGCAGCACAUAUGGAUGGUGUCUACAAGUACUGUUUUAGUAACAAAAUGUCUACAAUGACUCCCAAGAUUGUUAUGUUUUCAAUGGAUGUAGGUGACUCGCCUAAAGGCAGUGAUAUGGAUACAGAUGCCCAGCAAGACAAAUUGGAUGACAUGGUCGGGGAGUUGACUACCGCCCUCAAGGGGGUAAAACGAGAGCAAGAAUAUAUGGAAGUUCGUGAAAAAUUACAUCGCAUGAUUAACGACAAUACGAAUUCCAGAGUUGUGUUAUGGUCGUUCUUUGAAUCCCUCGUACUAGUAGCUAUGACAUUAGGACAAGUAUACUAUCUUAAACGUUUCUUUGAAGUCAGAAGAGUGGUCUAGAGUUUUCCAUUAUUUUUUUAUUAUUUUUAUUUUAUUGCAUACUUUAAUUUCUUCACCUGUCAGACACUUCCAGUUUACAGCUGUGACAUCUUGAUACUUUCUAGACACCCAGUAGACAAUGUCAGCUUUCAAUACUCAUACAGUCGAGAUUAAAUCAUCAUCAUCAUCAUCAUAAAUCUACAGCCUUUUUUUACGUCUCACUAGACACCAAGAUGUAGAUACAGAAUGAAGAUCAUUUUAUAUUAUGGGUCACAAAUAUAUGUGUAUUUGCUUUAUUAAUGGCCCAUGCAAAUGAUGUGCGUCUAUGGUAAAAAAAUGAAUUCUUGAAUUAAGCUCUCUUCUAUUUGAGAUGUGCUUCUAAUAGAGUGAAUAUGGUAUAUGAAUAUGCCAAUGAACUAUGGCAUGAAUAAUGAUUUUUUUUUCAAAGAUGUUUUUAUUCGAAGCAAACUUUUUUAGCAAGUCACGUUUAAAACCGCACACAUCUGUGUAAUGGUAUUCUGUAUUGUCACAUAGAAUUGAUAAAACUCGGUGCUACCACUUAAAGAUAGAAUACAGAUUUUACUAUAUUUGUUUUAUUGGGAGCUCAUCUCUAAUUAGAGGUGCUUGUGAGCCGAAAAUAGACGUUGGGUUUUCACCUAAACCAACUUUGCGUCAUUUCAUUAUGUAAGCACAUACAACAGAUAUGGUAAUUUUCAUGUAAAUUUUCAUUGAAGUUGUUCUGUUGCUAUAAUAAAAUCUUUUAUAGUGAUAUUUAUUGCAGAGAAUUUCUCUGUAUUUGAAAAUUAUUUCGAGUUGACUCUGUCUCCAUAUUGAGCUCUGAGUUGUUUGACCAAGAGCAUUAAAUAAUCCAACAAAUUUAAUUCCUUAGAACAUAAGAUGUUCAUACUGAUUUUAAAUGGAUGCUCAUUUUUUGCAUAUUUUCAAGUAAGAGUUUUAUCAAUAAAUUUUCUGAGAUUGUCUCGGAACAAAACCCUAAAUAAUGCAUUUAUGUAGACUUUAUUAUAUUAACUGGUCACCAAUUCUUGACUUGAGUAAAUAUUUGUAGUAUAAAGAAGAAACUGCAACUGGCAUUCCUUUCAUUUUGGCUUGCGUCAUGUCAUUACUGUACUGCGUCCUGUUCAAUACGGAACUCACAGUGACUUGUACAAUGAGUGUAAAAUACCGGGGUACAUAGUUUGUUUACAUGAAAUUCGAACAUGCGCUGCGCAAUGACCAUCCCCUUGUAAUCAGUUUGAAUAUUGAAAUAGUGAAUCAGAAUUUAUCUAGUUUAGAUUAUUCUGUUUUUAAAUCUGAACAGGGUUGAGAACAGAACACUGAAUAAAUGUGUAUCUGCCAUCUCCAAGCAUGUUUAACAUUUGUAUUUUAGGACUAGCCUAAAUAUCGCCCUCUAGUGGCAAAUGAGCUAACACUUUAUUUACCAUGUGAUGUAUUCAUUUUGUACAUUUGGUUAAGUUGCCUCGCACUCGGAAGAAAAUUUCUGAAACUCAAUGUAAUUUUCAAAUAAUUGUCUUAUUCUAAGUCUGAACACCAUUUCCAAGCACCCAAGCCCAUUUUCUAAUCCAUCAAACCAAUUGGGAAAGUAUUUUGCAUUUUCUGGGGUUGACCAAUCAAUGCACAGCUUUCAUAAGUCAAUUCUAGGGAGCCUCAGGUAACUAGGCUUGGGAUUGGAUAAAUUGACAAUAAAUUUGGAUGUACUCAGUGGUACAAUAACUAUAUGUGACUACUUCAUUCACGAAUUAGAUUCAAAAAAGAAAAUAUUUUGUUAAUAUUUAAAAAAAAAAAAUCUUCAAUUGUAAGACUUUGUACACCAAUUAUAAAUGAUAUCAUUUUCUUGUACAAUUUAAAUAAAGACUAAAUUUUGAGAUC